GUCAUCAGUCUUUAAGUUCUCACUGCAACAGCUUAAGCCUCCUCUCAAUUCAAUAAUAAGCCAACAAUCUAGACAUGAACUUCAACAAGAUCUUCGUCUUCGUGGCUCUCAUCUUGGCCAUCAGCCUGGGAAGUUCGGAGGCUGGUUGGCUCAGGAAGCUGGGAAAGAAAAUCGAGCGCAUUGGCCAACAUACUCGUGAUGCCACAAUCCAGGUCCUGGGAAUCGCCCAACAAGCCGCCAAUGUGGCAGCCACCGCUCGAGGUUGAAAAGUCUUACACUUUUUUAAGCCGCUCAUUUCUGUAAUUUUUUAUUAAUUUACUCUAAGUCACUAGAACAAUUAACCUAAGGAACAUACACAUUUCAUGCCGAUGUCACAUUAUUACUACCUAAUUAAGCGAACAUUAAUAAAAAGAAAA